AUGCGUCCCGGCGCACGGCUCUCCGCGGGCCCACUUCUCCCGCCGCCCGGGCCCGGGAGAGCGAAGUUUCUCUCCCGCUCGCGGCGGCGGCUCACGGGCCGCCUGGCUGCGGACGAGUCGGAGGCCGCCGAAACGAGAGCCGGAGCCGGGACCUGUUACCCAGGGCGGGAAACCAAAAAAAAAGAAAAGCCGAGUGAGGACCAGCGGGGCGCGACCGGCCUCGCCUCCAGGAGGGAGAGCGCGGAAGGGGCAGGGAGCCGCUCCCGCGGCCGCCCGGCUCCGCGCCUCCCAGAGGGGAAGGGAGCCCCGGCCCCGCUCGCCCGGCGGGACGCAGAGGAUUCCCGCGGGGGAGCCUGGGCGCCUCCAGCGCGCCCGCUCCGAGGCGUCCCGGCCCCGCCGGCCCCACGGCGCAGUUCCCGGCGCGGCGGCGGCAGGACCGCAAAGGAGGGAACGCGGCUCCCGGGGCCGGGCGGCCACCCCGCCUCAUCCCCCCGUGGCCAUGGCGCCGGUACCUGUCGCCGUGGCGGCUCGCCCGCUCUGUCGCUCUGCCUCAGCCGCGCGCCGCCGGCUCCUCAGCCCGCCCAGCAGGCCGCCCGCGCGCCGGACGCCGCCGCCGGAGACUGGCAGCGCCCACGAAGCGGCCCGAGUCCCCCCGGGCAGCGCCCGGCGCAGUCCCGCCCCCGCGGGCCGCAGGACCCGCCUCCCAUAGGGCCCUGGGGCUGUCAGUCCGCCCCCAAAAGCCGCGCGGGCUAUCGCUCCUCCCGUACCGAUUGGCGGCCGAACGCCGUCCAUGCAAAUAAGGCCCCGCCCCCGGCCAUUUGCACCUCCGCCUCGGUGUAA